AUGUCGAUCAUUUUCGGUUCGGAAAUGAAAGCAAUUUAUUUGCUGUCGGUUGGUUUGAUUUAUUUCUGCAAAUCCGUUACCAGUCUGGAAGAACCAAACACAACGUUAACGCCGGUGGAAAAUUACAAAACCAAUCCGUACUGCUUCCGGUUUACGUGGAUGGGCCCGAAGUACAACAAGGACACACCGUACAAAAAUCUGAGCUGCGACAACAUCCUGAAGAAGGCGAAAGGUAUCCCGUGCUUUCAUCCACUGGUCAUAACGAACAACACGAACGUACCGGACACUAACUACAUGUGGGAAGAGUAUAAGGAUAAGCCGUCUCAAAUCGCCUGCCGGCUGGUACGUGGCGAGGUGUGCGCCCGGUACUCUUACCGCUACAACGGUGCAAUCGAAAACAUCACCUACAUGUGUGCCAAACUGAACGUGGACAAUGAAUCGUCUACCUCGUCCAGCUGCUUCAAGGAGGACCGGCAAGGUCGCGAGAUUGAGGUGUGCGUUUGCGAAUCGGCCGCUGGCCGUACGCCCUGCAAUCGAUCGGCGAUCGUACUGGCGGAUAGUGCUCCCGUCGCUCCGAUGAUGCUGGCGCUGGCCAUGAUCCAGUUGUUGCUAAUAAAGUGUUUGCAGAUGCGGUAGUUGGUGCUAGAAA